AUGGGAAUCAUUAUAGUGGACGAGAUAAUGGUGAUUCAUUUGAUUUUCUCUAUAAUGCAAAUGAGUAAGAGGAAUCUAGUAGGGUGUCAGUUAGUCGGAUUAAUUGGAGUCUUUGCUACUUUUUCUUGUGCUUUUUAUCACUUCUACUUAAGUGAACUCAUAAACUCACUGUCUAAGGUGUUUAACCCAAAAGAUUUAAGUCAUUUGAAGUAUCAUAUAUACGCAAUCAUAUUUGGGCUGGUGUCAUCUUUAAUAUCAAUCAUUAUUGAGGACAUUGGCAUCACUGAUUAGAAAUAAUUGUACAUCUGUCACAUAUCAAACAUACUGAUUUACUCUUUCACAUGGAUUCCUUAUAUCUUUAUUCACUUCUUGAACUUUACCUUGAAACUUGACUUAUCAACUUUCACCAGUCUCAAGACUGUGAUUUUAUCGCUGCUAGCUAUGACGCCAUUGCUUAACACACUUACAAGAAUCUUAUGCGAUCCUUCUUUGAAGCAAAAGUUUCUUUGUAGAAGAUAGCCAAUUAGACCUAGGCAAUUCUCAAAUUUGAUGGAGUAAUUAAUUGAUAUUGAGAAGCCAGAGAAAGAUGCCUCUGUUAUUAAAAAUGCUGAUGCACUUAAAGAUCACAGAAAUUCUUAAUAGAUUUAUGAUAAAUUGACCUAGACUGAAACUUUAAACGUAAUCAGCCUUAUCAUAUUAACGAAUGCUAUAGAACUUAUUAUCGACAUUUAGUGGAAUAUUGAGCUAUUGAGUGAAGAAGUAUUUAAUAAGAAGGUAAAGAGAGUCUAUUCACUUGAAAACAUUCAAUAAAAGUAUAACUUCAAUGAAUAAUACAGCUUCCCACCUGAGCUAGAAAAAAAUUUCUAAAAGAGUCUAAGUUUUAAGAUCACAGAAUAUGCCACUUUGAUUUUUUAAAACUUGAGACUAAGGCAGAAAAUGAGUCAAGAUAUGUUCAGAGAUUCUCUUCUUCCAUAUAAUAACACUAAAACUCUGACUAAAAGUUUUGAGAAGACUAGUGCAAAGGGAGGAAAGCCAUUGAUCAAGACUCAUGAUAAGAGAUUCCUUAUUAAAGAGGUCAAGAAAGAAGAGAAGGAUUUCUUAAUGAGCAUUUUGCCAAAGUAUCACUUGCAUCUAAAGAGACAUCCUAAUAGUCUACUUGCUAAGAUAGUGGGAAUAUAUGCCAUAAGAAUCUAAGAUAAAGAUAGAGUAUAUCACGUACUUAUGGAGUCUCUUGAUCCAAUCGAUGAGUCUUUUAUUAGAUUCAAAUACGAUCUGAAAUUCUCAACAGUAAACCGUAGAGAGUAUAAAAGUAGAUAAGAAGUAAAAGUUGUAAGAGAGGAAUUACUAGAGAAUAAUCCGAAUCUAGAGGAGCUAUUCCCUAAGAAAAAGGAUCUGACUUCUUUACACGAGAUCGACAAGUAAAACCCAGGACUGAAGAAGUUGGCAAGUUCAAAUGGCUCAGAUAAUAGAUCCAGAGAUACCAAAACUAAGACAACUACUAAAAGUGGCCUUAAAAAGCCUAAAUCAAUAGAGUCUGGUGAGAAAUAAGUUAACAGUAACCCUUAUGGAUCUAAGGAUACAAAGAGCAAAACUAAUACCAAUACAAACUCAAAUUCGAAUGAGUAGGAUACAGAUGAUGAUGAAAGUGAGGAUAACCAAAUAUUGGCAGAUGAUGAGGAAAUAGAUGAUGAUAUUGAAAACGAUGAGAAGUUCAAGCAGCUUGAUUAUGAGGAACAAUUAGUGUACAGAGAACAGAAGUACCUGUAUAAGCAAUAGAGAAUGUGGAACUAAGACCAAAUGAUCAACCUAAAGGAAAAUCCAGCACUGAAAGCGCAGCUUAUGAGUAAACUAGGGCUACUAAAGGAUUCUGAUUUCAAAUGUAUGCAUGAUAGAAAACUUCCAGUCACCUUUGAUGACUUAGAGACAGUUGAAGAGUUCAUUAGAAUCAUUGAGUCAGAUGUUAGAUUCUUAGAGGGUCUUAGAAUUAUGGACUACUCCUUAUUCCUCAUUGUGCUUGAAGUGCCUAAGAAUGAAGAGUAGAAGAAUUCUGAUGACCCCAAUGCGGAUGAUUACUCUAUUAUCCAAUUCGUAGAUCCAGAGUAGAAGAAGAAAGAAGAAGAGCUUUAUGGAAGACUCGAUGAGCUUAUUAAGUUUGGCAGAUUUGUGAUGUUCUCGCCAAGCAAGCGUUUUGUUUACCUGAUGGGACUGAUUGACUACUUGGGCAAGUGGAACAUGAACAAGCGUCUCGAGAUGUAUGGCAAGAGUAUUCUUGCACAUUUCAUCCGUUAGAACACAGACUUCUCAGUCAAGCCUCCACAUGAAUUCGCAAGAAGAUUCUUGAGAAAGGUCAAGAGAAUCUUCAGAGUGUAAAAGUCACUGAAGAAUCAAGGCAGCAGUUCAGCUCUUUAGUCAACUCUGCAAAAUGACUAUAGAAGCACGUUCGGAGCCAUUGGAGAUAUGACUUUGAGAAAUACAUACAGCCAGCUUAAUGAAAACAGUUAAGGAAAUAACAGCAUCUCAGUUUUAAGGCAAUAUCUACCAUCGAGAAUGACACAACAACAGAAUACCAUAAUGGAGGAGGAAAAGUAGGAAGACAGUGUGUAUUAUGAUGAUAAGUAAAACUGA